AUGAACGAAGAACAAGCAUUUUGUACAUUGGUAAAAAUAAUGUACGACUAUCAACUGCGAGACUUGUUUAAAUUGGGCUUUGAUUCACUUCAUUUGCGGUUUUACCAACUAACACGGUUACUAAAGGAGUACGAAAGCAAUCUAGCUGCACAUCUUGAGCAUAUCGGCGUUGAAACGCAUAUGUACGCUUCGCAGUGGUUUCUCACUUUAUUUACAGCAAAGUUUCCACUUCAAAUGGUUUUCUUCAUAGUUGAUCUCUUUUUGAGUGAGGGAAUGAACACGAUAUUCCAUAUAUCUUUGGCAUUAUUGCAUGAUGCUGCUGCAGAUUUGUUACAGCUGGAUUUUGAGGGCGCAUUGAAAUACUUUCGCGUAACACUUCCCCGCAAAUACCGCACAGAAACAAAUGCAAAAGCGCUGAUUCAUCGAGCGGUGGAAUUCAAAGUGAGUUAUAUGUAG